AUGGAGUCGACCAGAGCAAAUGCAACAUCAUCACCAAAGUGGAUCCAACUCUGCACAUCCAUCCGCAUAGGUAUCCCUGAGCCCUGCUUGAACUGGAUCCAAAACGGGCAACACUUUGUUAGGCUUGUCGACAGUAGCAUAGCCAGAAUGCCUAGGACAGAGAAUGACGAACGGAUCGAGGAGGCCCUCAUUCCCAUGCUGAAGCGGAAUGCCAGUAUGCAUGGCUUUUUCAUACCUCUCAAGUAUUGGGCUCAACGUGUGAAUCAGAAGCUGGACAUGGCAAUGGAAGAUGGAGCUCUGAAGAAGACUAUGUUAGAGUCGAAGUGCAAUAUCCUCAACCGCGAAUUGGAUGCAUGUGAUGAAGACAGAGCCAAGUACUCACAUUCACCAGAUCAAGCUUGA